GAGAGAGAGAGAGAGAGAAAGAUGAAGGGGGUUUUAGAAGGAGAAGAAAGUGUUACCCUCGACCUUCUCAGGCACAAAAUGGCUGAGUUUGCUAAGGAAAGAGACUGGGAACAGUUUCACAGCCCCAGAAACCUCCUCUUGGCUCUGGUGGGAGAAGUUGGAGAGCUUUCUGAGAUAUUCCAGUGGAAAGGAGAGGUUCCAAAGGGACUUCCAGAUUGGGGAGAAGAAGAAAAAGAACAUCUUGGUGAAGAACUCUCAGAUGUUCUUCUCUACCUUGUUAGACUCUCUGACAUUUGUGGGAUUGAUCUUGGUAAAGCUGCUCUUCGCAAGAUUGAGCUUAAUGCCCUAAAAUACCCAGCUGGCCCUUGCAAAUGUUCCUCCAAGAAACACAAGAACAACAACAAUGGCAAGAAGAACAAUGAUUCAGAGGGUUAA